GGAACGUGCUUGUGUGUGCGUGUGUUGUGAUACAACCCCAGACGCACACGCGCGUGAUGAACCUCACAUUUGGUUGUAUUUACACCAGACCUGCUGAUCGGACGCGCGCACCUGUUUCCUGCUGUAGACCGCAGCUCCACAUGCGACAAAUGAGAGGAUGGAGAAUCUAGAAUUGAGCCUGUCAUCACUGGGCACCAUAUCCAGACAUGUUGACAAAAGUCACAACGAACUCAGCAAGUAUCUGUCAAAGCAGAUAUGGAGCCAGCAGGACAGACAAUGUAUUCUGGAAUGCUUGGCUCAGCUUCUGCUGGAGAAGGAUUACACCUUGCUGAUAGCACGACACCUGCGGCCGCUGAUCCUGGACCUGCUGGAGCGGAACGCAGAGAGGGUCAGAGGCGGUGGCCGGAUCAACCAUGACCUCCACGAGCGCCUGUGCGUGGCCCUCAGCAAACUCCUCAGCGUCAGUCCUGAUGCACAGGCGUUUGCUGCAAAGUACUUCAACAGUGCCCCUCCAGUGUUUCAAAGGCUCUUCUUCACCAGCGAAGAGUCAUCAGCUGUCCACUAUGGCCCCAGGAGGAUGAAGAUGCGUGACCUCAUGGGUGCCACUCUACGUUUCCUUCAGAGUGAUUGUGCCAAGUUUCGAAUGCUCUGGGACUGGAGUCCCUGUGUCUCCCAGCUGCUCACCAGCGACGUCAUGGUCCGAGGAUACACUGCCCAUUGUUUAGCACAGGUCUCUCACAUGACUGAUAAUCAGAAAACCAUCUUUCUGAGAAAGGUCCUGGCUAACGAGGAGAUCCUGCACAUGAAAAUUAAAGCGCUGGAAGAAACUCAGCAGCAGGAGGUAGAAAAGGCGCUGGUGUUAGCCAAUCAGGGCUCUGUAAUGUGGCGCCAGGAGAAGGCUAAUAAGUUUACCAGGGGCCAGGUGGUAUCCGAGGACCUUUCCCAGAAUGUGGUAGCAGUCUGUGGUGUCGUACUACCAAGGAUAGUUCCUAGACAGGCCGAAAAGGUUCACCAGAAGGAUCUGGUGCUGGUGGACUCGACCUGCCGUAACCUGAGAAGACUGGCAUUGGCUGUAGCUUCCCAGAAGCCUGUGCUCCUCGAGGGUCCUAUUGGAUGCAGUAAAACUGCUUUGGUAGAGUUUAUGGCUGAAAUCACAGGACAUACGAAAUCUACAGAGAUUCUCAAAGUCCAACUUGGGGAUCAAACUGACAGUAAGAUGCUGCUUGGGAUGUACCGUUGUACCGAUAUUCCUGGGAAGUUUGUGUGGCAGCCAGGAACACUGACACAAGCUGUAUCUAAAGGCCAAUGGAUCCUCUUGGAAGACAUAGACCAUGCACCUCUGGAUGUGAUAUCUGUGCUGUUGCCUUUAAUGGAGAAUAAAAAGCUGAUGAUUCCAGGACGGGAGGAUUGCAUCGAGGUUGCACCUGGAUUUCAGUUCUUUGCAACAAGAAGGACGUACUACAGUGGAGGCAGCUGGCACAAGCCUCAGAACUCUCACGCAGCGCUGCUGGACAAGUACUGGACCAAGCUGCAAAUGGGCAACAUGACACGUGAAGAGCUGAAGAAGGUGGUCAUCAGCAGAUUUCCCAGGCUGACCGUGGUGGCAGACCGUCUCCUGGAUAUCUACUGCCAGCUGACUGGGGAGCGACACUCUGACCCGGACUCAAGCAGCCUCCAAACCUCUGACAACUCCCAGCAGCAAAACUCUGAGAACAAAAGCCCACCGCUGGAGGGGAGAGCCCUGUCACUGAGGGACUUACUGAAAUGGUGCGAGCGGAUCAGUGUCAACUUUGACGGUACCUCCUCUGCCACAUCACAUCAUGUCUUCCAAGAGGCUCUUGACUGCUUCACAGCCAUGUUGUCUCACCCUGAAAGUCGACUGCGAAUGGCUGAGAUCAUCGGAAUCAAGCUCAACAUCUCCAAAGAAAAGGCCCAGCACUUUUGCCAGAUGUACCAGCCUGGCAUCUCUGUGACUGAGCUGGACGUGUGUGUGGGCAGAGUCACUCUGAGUCGAAAGCAGACUGAAGCGGUGCAGCUGAACGUGGAGAACCAGACGUUUGCUGCCACCCGACCCUCUUCUGUGCUGCUGGAACAGCUGUCGGUGUGCGUGUUCAAGGGCGAACCGGUUCUCCUGGUGGGAGAGACAGGAACUGGAAAGACGUCAACUGUACAACAUCUGGCCAGAGUUACAGGACACAGACUGCGGGUUGUGAACAUGAACCAGCAGAGUGACACUGCUGACCUCCUGGGAGGGUACAAGCCAGUAGACCACAAGCAGAUCCUGCUUCCUCUGCGAGAGGCCUUCGAGGACCUGUUCUCCCAGACCUACUCGAGGAAGCAGAACCUGACCUUCCUGGGUCACGUUCAGACCUGCUUCAGAGGGAAACGCUGGCAGGAUCUGCUCAAACUCAUGGACCACGUCUGCAAGUCUGCUCUCACCAAGGAGAAGCAGGAGAAAUCCAAUGCUUUGUUGCUGCAGGAUGAUUGGGAGGCUCUGACAGCAAAACUCAGUCAGACCCAGCAGCAGAUCAGAGCCUGUGAGACCGCCAUGGUCUUUGCCUUUGUGGAGGGAACAUUAGCUCAGGCAGUGAAGAAGGGUCAAUGGGUUCUGCUGGAUGAGAUCAACCUAGCAGCAGCCGAGACCUUGGAGUGUCUGAGCGGACUCCUGGAGGGCAGCGCCGGAUCCCUGGUGCUGCUGGACCGAGGAGACACUGAGCCCCUGGUUCGCCACCCAGACUUCCGACUGUUUGCUUGCAUGAACCCAGCUACUGACGUGGGCAAGAGGAACCUGCCUCUGGGCCUCAGAAACAGGUUCACUGAGCUGUAUGUGGAUGAGCUGGAGAAUGAGGGAGACCUGCGGAUUCUGGUUUCAGACUACCUCAAGUUCCUGAAUCCACAUAGAAAUGUCAUCAGCGGCAUCAUAAGUUUUUACUUGGCAGUACGAAAAGAGGCCACCACACAUCUGGUGGACGGGACAGGGCACAGGCCCCACUACAGCCUGCGGACCCUGUGCAGGGCGCUGAAGUAUGUGGCAGUAAACCCCUGCAUCAGUGUGCAGCGCUCCCUCUACGAGGGUUUCUGCCUGAGCUUCUUGACUCAGUUGGACAGAAGCUCUCACCCUGUGGUCCAGAAACUGGUGUGUCAGCACAUCCUGAUGGGGAACAUCAAGUGUCUCAAACAACCCAUCCCGGCACCCCCAGGUCAGCGCUGUGUGGAGCUAGAGGGCUACUGGGUGUCCCAGGGGGAGAUGGAGCCAGCUCUAGACCCCAGCUACAUCCUUACCCCCUCAGUCAAGCUCAACCUUCGUGACCUCGCCCGAGUCGUAUCUACAGGAAAUCACCCAGUGCUGAUCCAGGGAGAGACAUCUGUGGGGAAGACCAGCCUGAUUUGCUGGCUUGCCGCAGCCUCGGGGAACCAGUGUGUGCGAAUCAACAACCACGAGCACACCGACAUCCAGGAGUACAUAGGCUGCUACUCAUCAGAUGACAAGGGCAAGCUGAUGUUCAAAGAGGGCGUUCUGCUCGAUGCCAUGAGAAAAGGCUACUGGAUCAUCCUGGAUGAGCUGAACCUCGCCCCCACCGAUGUCUUGGAGGCUCUCAACAGACUCCUGGACGACAACAGGGAGCUGUUUGUGGCUGAGACACAGGAAGUCAUCAAGGCGCACCCCAGAUUCAAGCUGUUUGCUACCCAGAAUCCCCCUGGUCUCUACGGUGGUAGAAAGGUGCUCUCCAGGGCCUUCAGGAACCGCUUUGUGGAGCUGCACUUUGAUGAGCUGCCCAGUGCAGAGCUGGAGACCAUUCUCAACCAGAGGUGCGGUUUGCCUCCAUCCUACUGCAGCAAGCUGGUCAAGGUCAUGCUACACCUUCAGUCUUUACGCAGGCGAUCCUCUGUGUUUGCGGGGAAACAUGGCUUCAUCACCCUCAGAGACCUGUUCCGCUGGGCAGAUCGCUACAGGCUGGAGGAGGAGACGGAGGCCUCUCAGGACUGGCUGCAGCAUUUGGCUGACGAUGGGUACAUGCUGCUGGCAGGGCGCGUCAGGAAGCCGGAGGAAGAAGCCAUCAUCCUUUCCAUCCUGGAGAAGCACUUCAAGAGGACGGUGAACCCUGAAACCCUGUUCUCUCAGAAACAGGUGACCAGCCAGUUCAGUCCCUUCAUCGACAGCAUUGCUGGAGUCCCAGAGGAGUUCCGCCACGUGGUGUGGACACACAGCAUGAGGAGACUGGCUGUGCUUGUCGGACGUGCACUUCGAUUCGGCGAGUCUGUCCUGCUCGUAGGAGACACCGGAUGUGGAAAGACAACAAUCUGCCAGCUGUUUGCUGCCUUGGUUGGACAGAAGUUUUAUUCCGUCAAUUGUCACCAGCACAUGGAGACUUCGGACUUCUUGGGAGGCCUGCGACCUGUCAGACACACAAAUCAGCAGGAUGGUGAAGACUGCAGGCUGUUUCAGUGGAACGAUGGCCCCUUGGUGCUGGCCAUGAAGGAGGGCGGGGUGUUCCUCAUGGAUGAGAUCUCCCUGGCUGACGACUCAGUGUUGGAAAGACUGAACAGUGUUCUAGAGACCGAGAAGUCCCUGGUGUUGGCAGAGAAGGGCAGUGGGGACAAUGAUGACGUGGAGGUGAUCAGAGCAGUUGCACAGUUCCGUCUGGUUGCCACCAUGAACCCUGGAGGAGACUUUGGCAAGAAGGAGCUGUCCCCUGCUCUAAGGAACCGUUUCACAGAGAUCUGGUGUCCUCAGAGCAACAGUCGCAGCGACAUGGUUCAGAUCAUCCAACACAACCUGCGCUCUGGCCUCUCACUGAAUGGCUGUGACAUAGCAGAGCUGAUGCUGGACUUCAUCGAUUGGCUGACUCAGCAGGACUUCGGCCGGCGCUGCAUCCUUAGCGUCAGAGACAUCCUGUCAUGGGUACACUUCCUCAACGUUGUGUGUGAGCGGGAUGAGGAUGGCUUCAUGACCAUGGGGGCGCUGGAAGACGAAGAAGAAGCAGAGUGGGACCUCAGACUGGACACUGUCACUGCCUUCAUCCAUGCAGCAUGUCUGAUCUACAUAGAUGGCAUUGGCUCUGGAACCACAGUGUCCAGUGCAGACAGCGCCCUCCAUGCUCGCCAGCUGUGCAUGAGCUUCCUGCAGCAGCGGCUGAGUAAGAUGACAAAGCUGGAUCAAGAGAUGCUGGACGCCCUGAGAGUCUAUGACAGCAGCCUGCCACGGAAACCAGAGUGUGGAGAGGACUUCUUUGGCAUUGACCCCUUCUACAUUGCUUUAGGGCCUCAGACUGAGAGUCGCUCCCUGACAGAUUAUGCCAUAGCAGCAGGCACUACUGCGAUGAACGCCCAGAGGCUUCUGCGGACGCUAAAGCUUCAGCGGCCUGUGCUGCUGGAGGGGGCUCCUGGUGUGGGAAAAACCAGCCUGGUGACAGCUCUGGCAAAGGCUUCUGGGAACCACCUGGUCCGAAUCAACCUGUCAGAGCAAACAGAUGUCACCGAUUUGUUUGGGACAGAUCUCCCAGUGGAGGGAGGCAAAGGAGGAGAAUUUGCAUGGCGUGAUGGCCCCCUUCUGGCUGCUUUGAAGGCUGGCCACUGGGUUGUCCUGGAUGAGCUGAACCUGGCCUCUCAGUCGGUGUUGGAGGGUCUGAACGCCUGCUUUGAUCACAGAGCAGAGAUCUAUAUCCCUGAGCUUGGCAUGAGCUUCCAGGUUCAGCACGAGAAGACCAAGAUCUUCGGCUGCCAGAAUCCCUUCACUCAAGGUGGUGGCCGUAAAGGACUGCCCAAGUCCUUCCUCAACAGAUUCACACAGGUUUAUGUUGACCAGCUCACCAGCAAAGAUAUGGAGUUCAUAGCAGACUCCAUUUUCCCCACCAUCGAUAAGGAAAUCCUUGCUAAAAUGGUGGACUUCAGUAACAGGCUUGUCCAGGAGGUGUCUGUGGAACGACGAUGGGGUCAGAAAGGAAGCCCCUGGGAGUUCAACCUGCGUGACAUGUUCAGGUGGUGUCAGCUGAUGCAGGCCGACCAGUCGCCGGGAUUUUUCAGUCCAGGCCAACAUGUGGCGUUGGUGUAUGCUGAUAGGAUGAGAACAGAGGCUGACAAGGCUCAGGUACUGUGUGUGUUCAGGAAGGUGUUUGGGGAAGACUUUGAGCCUUACACCGGCUCCAGACAGUUCCACAUCACUCCACUCAACCUGCAGGUGGGCUUUUCAGUCCUACAGCGCAGCGGUGGAGCCCCUGUGGCCCUGGACCCCCCACUGUCCAUCACGCACCAGGCCCUGCGGCCGCUGGAGUCCCUGAUGAAGUGCGUGGAGAUGGGCUGGAUGACAAUAUUGGUCGGCCCCACAGCCAGCGGAAAGACCAGCCUGGUGAGACUGCUGGCCCUGCUGACAGGACACCGCCUCAGAGUUAUGGCCAUGAACAGCUCCAUGGACACCACUGAGCUGCUGGGAGGCUUCGAACAGGUGGAUAUCAUGCGACCCUGGCAACAAGUGCUGGAAAGCGUGGACUACAUAGUUGCCAUGGUAAUAAGACGUGGCCUAAUGUCACUGGAUGUUGGCAUCCAGGACACCGAGUUCCUGCUGCAGACUUGGGGCCUGUUCUGCAACUGGCUGAAUGAGAAAGAGCUGCAGAAAGCUGGGGGAACGGUCGACUCUGAGGCUCUGAACAAGCUGGAGGUCAUCAUCCUCCUCCUGCAGAAACUCAACACCAAACUCAAAGUGUUCACUGACAUGUCCAAGCUGCAGAUGGACUUCACGCUGCUGAAGGAACGUCUGGCCCAGCUGGAGGAUGGCUGGACUAACGGGGGCUUUGAGUGGUUGGACGGUAUGCUCGUCCAGGCCCUGCAGGCUGGGGAUUGGCUGCUCAUGGACAAUGUUAACUUCUGCAGUGCCUCUGUCCUGGAUCGCCUCAACGCUCUGCUGGAGCCUGGUGGAUGCCUCACAAUCAACGAACGCGGCGUCAUAGACGGGAAGACGCCCCAAAUCACCCCACAUCCCAACUUCAGAUUGUUCCUGACCAUGGACCCCGUGCAUGGGGAGCUCUCCAGAGCCAUGAGGAACAGAGGGGUGGAGGUCUACAUCCCAGGGGAACAUGAGGGCGUCUGCUGGGACUCACUGGACCUGAAGACCCUGCUUCACACUGCUGGGGUGUCCGGGGACUGUGUGUGCGAUCUGCUGAUUGAAAUACAUAAAAGCAUCAAAUCUGCCAUCUGGGAUUCCCCUGCCUCGUCAUUGGCCUCUCUCCUGCAUGCGGGCACCCUGCUGUCCUGUCAGCUGCACAGAGGUGUGGAUAUACCCAGCGCCCUGCAGCACGCUUGUAGAGAGGCAUACUCCCUGUGCCAGCGCACCACUGCCAACCAAAAGCAAGCCCAGCAGGUGAUUGAGCAGCACUUGGCCAUCCUUGACACGGAGGACUGGGGCAGCGGGCUGCUGUGUGCCGGGGUUUGGCCUGACGGCUUCCCCUCCGCUCUCCUCUCCACAGAAGAUUCCUGCUUCUCCGCCGUUCUCCGAGACGGACAGGUUCUGGCAUUCUGCCUGAACACCCUCAGCCUGCAGGGCAAACGGAAUCUACCACUGAGCCUAAGUGACCUGCAGAGGGCGAUGCAGAACAGUGGUGUCCAUGAAAGCCUGGUGUUCUCUGAAGGUGUGGUGGAUCUGGAGGAAGGAGACGCUCUGAAGCUGAUACCCACAGCAGUGAGACUGGUCACAGAGAGAGCCUCUCAUGGGGACUGGAUCCUCCGCAGCAGCUGGCUCUCCCAUCUGGGAAAGAGCUACAAAUAUGCUCCUGAUGCCGCGCUCGUCCAGGUGGAGGCAGGAAAUCGGUCUCUGAAAGCUGUGUUCGCAUCCAAACUUGCUGCUAAGAGCAAGUCCCUCACAGAGCUGCUGCAGCCUCACAGCACAGAUGAAUACAGGAUUCUGGUGGACAUGCGCUGGAACAAACAAUAUCUGGACAUUUUAGCCAACAAGUGCAGCUUUGAGGAUGAGGAGAGAUACAUGGAGUUUUUGGAGGCACUGAACACCGUCGCUAACAGAAUCGUUCUGAUGAUGGACAGAGAGGAGAGGUCUGUCAUCUGCACCUGUGCUAUCAACCUGUCUGCGCAGAACUGUGCCCUGAGGAUAGCCACAGCCUUCAGUAAAGGAACUGUUGAUAUCGGUCACCUGCCUCAUCCAGUGCUGAUGCACCUCCAGGCGUUCUUCGACCUGUGGACCACCUUCACGCUGCAGGCUGUGCUGAGCGGACAGAACUACAUCUCAGACCACAUCACGUUUGAGAUCAUGCAGUUGCUGCAGUGGCUCGAUCGUUUCUGGGAUGUGUGCAGCACGAUGCCAGCCGACUCGCAGGGCAUCUCCGUGCUGUCUCUGCACUGGCAGUGGGUGCAGAAACACCUCAUCCUUCGGCUGCCGCAGCUGCUGCUGGGAGACACCGACCCCACAUUAGAAGGUCACCAGGAGCUGCAGGUGGUCUCCACAGCCAUCCAGACUGUCCUGUCUACCCCGGUGUCUGUGGCCACAGCAUUGAAAGGCAUCCAGAAAAAUCUGGGGAAAGCUCUGCCAUUCAAGUUGGAGUCAGUGGGUAAGUGUGCGUCUCGGCUGCAGCUCCUGAGUAAAGCCUUAGAUGUGAGUGAUCUGAGGCUGGAUGGCAACACUGGGCCUUGGAGAAACGAUCUGCUCCGACUUCAGGGUGCCGCGCUCCAACUGGACAUUAAAGAGAGUCUGCUGGAAGCCUGGGGCCUUGUUCUGCUGGCAAACAACCAGCUGGAUCCUCAGAAGUCUGGAGUGCUGGAGAGGUUGGUGUCCAGUGUCGAGCAGCAGCAGUGUCAAAUGACCUCCAGGGGUCUCUUAGAUUUCCGCUCCAUGUCUGACGAGGAGGAGCCAGAGGUCGGAAUCCAGUUGCCCAGAAAAGAGCUGCAGCAGCUCAGCCGCAGAGCCCAGCUCUGGCCCCUGAUGGAAGAACUGGCUGUGCUCAACCAGCUGCGACUCAGCACUGACCUGCUGCACCUGGCUCUCUCUCCUGGUGAUCAGGAGGCAGAAGACAGCAUACGCAGAGAACUCUCCAGGCAUCUUCGUUACUGCCUCCAGUCCACACCGAUGAAUGUCAGUCAGCUGCAGCCCCUCUGGUUCCUGCUCAGCAGUGACAGGCCGGCUGACGAGCUGCAGUUUGUGUGGUGUGACCUCUUGUCAGAGGCUCUGUCUGCCUUGUGGACCAGCUACGUGACCUCCAGCCCAGACCGCUGGUUGAAAUGGGACCCACUUAAUCCGGAGUCCAAGCCGGGUCCAAAGCUGCCCCAUGAUAAUAUGGGUCCAGCUUUGUUGAGCAAAGCAGUGUGGUCGCACUGCAUGUUGGGAGUGCUGAUGAGCAGUGAGACAAGAGAUCGUUGGGAGCCGUCGGCAGCCGUCCUGCUCUCCCUCUCCCAUGUCACCCUGGGGGAGUGGAAGGAGAGGAUCCAGCAGCUGCAGGAUGUGUCUGCAGUGUUGUGGGAAAAUAUGGCCAUCCCUGCACUUACAGAGUUCAGGGGCACCGACUUCAGACUGCAGGGCGUGGUCCUGCGUCGGCAGCUUCAGAGCAUGGCCGACCUGCUGCCUCCCAGUCUGCAGGAGGGCUACAUGGAGAGCUGCGAGAGCCUGGUGGAGGAUGCUGACCCCCUGAUAGCUGCCCAGGAGAUCCAGACUGUCUUCAGAGACUUCCUCCCCCCCAAUCUGCUCCCUGACAGCCUGUUGCAGUCCUGCAUCACCUGCUUGCAGCAGUACGUCCAAAGCAAGGUCCAAGGCACCAACUCGCUGGCCCGCGCUGGAGUGUUCUGGGUCAACAUGGGCCUGUUGCAGAUUAAAGUGUGGACACCACAGACCAUCUUUGACCCAGCUGUGAAGAGGGCCUACAAACUCAACUACGCUCAGCAAGAGCUGGCUCUGCUGCAGGAGGAGUGGAGAGGUCGCAGUCUGUCAUCUCAGCUGAUGACUGGAGCAGAGCUGGAGGAGAGUAGCACCACUGAUGGCUUCCAGCAUCCUCGGAUCAGGUACCUGUGGAUCCGUAUGCAGCAGGUGAAGGAUCAGAUAGCUGAGCUCUCCAGGAAACAGGCCUGUCGCCCUCAUGAGCCUCAGUAUGGUCGACUCUUCCAGGAGCUCCAGCACUACCUCUGCAGCAUCGGCCAGACCUCCAGAAUCGAGGACCUGCUGGCUCACCUGCUGAAGGCCCUUCAGGGCUCCUCCUCCAAAUCCAGGUCUUUUGUUCAGAGUCUGCUAAAGGAGGAGGCUGUGUGGCAGAACUCCCAGAAGCGCUUCUCCCAGAGGCUGCCCGAGGAAUACCCCUUGUACCCUGACGUGGUCGGGCCAGUGCGGACUGGCAUCCUCCAGCUCCGGCACGGCAUGAGGCUGGUGGCCUCCCAGGUGGCUGCCUCGCUCACGCCUGUGCCAGGUCUGCACAAGCUGGUGUCCUGCCUGCUGGCCUUCCCCUCCCUGUCCUCCAGUCUUCCCUCUUACCUGGCCCGGGCUGACUUCCUCUGCUCCAACACUUGUAUGGAUGUUCUGCGCUGCCUGGGGAAGCUCCUGCCCCAACAGGACCCCGAGCAUGUGGUCCCCAAGUCCUUAACGAUGCUUCUGCAUGCUCUGCUGCUCGUGCAGUGCCAUACCCUGUCCACAGGAGAGUUCAGCUCCAAGGCACACAGCCUCUUCAGACACAUCUGCCAGGCUAUGGUGAACGAGUGGGACGACCAGGAGAGACAGAAGAGAGAGAGAGAGCAGCUGGAGGCCAGUCUGUACCGCAACCGCUCUCGACUGCACGGCUCAGGACUGACUGAGGAGGAGCAGGAGGAGAGGGACUUCAGACACCAGUUCCCACAGUUCAACAAGGAUUUUGCAGACAUCAUAUCCCAGCCAACCCUGGAGGGCCCAACAGACUCUGAGAUUGCCGAAGAGGAGGAGAGAGACCAGGAGGAGUCAAUUGAGAGCGCCUCCCUGUCUCUGGCUGCCAUGAACAUGGUGGUCCAGGUCCACCAGCGGCUGUGUCUGGGAUACGCCCGAUCUCUGUGGUAUCAGAGCACAGUAACAGCCAAUCACAGCAAAGAAUCCAUCAAAGUUCUGGUAUCCUCCUACCAGAUCGCUGCCCCUGUGAUGUCACGCUUCUAUCAUCUGAUGGAUGCUGAACUGGACCAGCAGUUGACAGGAAGUGAGCUGCUGCUCUCUGCCCUCCUCCAGAACACGGUGCAGGGCUCAGGGGGUCCCGAUGGUCUGAUCGUCGCCUCAGAUGGACCCUAUGACUUUUAUCAGCAGCCCAACAUGAGCGAGGCCGGCCAGUGUCUCCCUGUUCUGGAGCAGCUGAGUGUGGCAGUGAAGCAGAGACUGGAAGACUGGCCAGACCACCCCGCACUCGUACAGCUGAUUGUGGUGGUGGAGAGGAUCAUGAUUUUCAGUCUGGCCAGUCCACUCGCCAAAUUCCUUAACGGUCUGGAGAUUCUGCUCAGUAAAGCACAGGACUGGGAGAAUAACGCCAGCCGUUUGGUCUCUCUGCGGAAAGAACUGGAACCAGUCACCCAGCUCAUUAUCCAGUGGCGCAAACUGGAGCUCAAUUGUUGGUCGAGCAGUCUGGACAACGCAAUGAAGCGGCACAAUGAGAAAUCAACCAAGCACUGGUUCUCUAUAUACCAGCUGGUGGAGAGGUAUCUGGAGGAACAGAAGAACGAGGCUAAUAAAGGUGAGGAGGUGGAGCGCCUCUCCCUGUCCUCGAUGUCCUCCACUCUCCAGGCCUUCAUGGAGGGCUCCACCCUGGGAGAGUUCCACACCCGUCUGACCAUGCUGCUCAGCUUCCACUGCCACCUCCUUCUGGUCCCCAACCAGCCUGGACAAGAGUCUUUGUCCAGUCUUCUGUGGAACCUGCAUAAAUACUACAGUCAGUUCUCUGACUGCAUCCAGACCAAAGUCAGUCAACUCAGGCAGCCCAUCGAGAAGGAGCUCAAGGACUUUGUCAAGAUCUCCAAGUGGAACGAUGUCAGCUUUUGGUCCAUCAAAGUGUCAGUGGAGAAGACACACCGGACUCUCUUCAAGUUUGUCAGGAAGUAUGGGGAGGCUCUGAGUGGUCCAAGUGCUCCUGCUCUGGUGGAACAGGGAACCAGCGCAAGCUUAGACAGUGUAGACACCAACCCUGAGGAAACCCCCAUCCAUCGUGUUCACAAGGCUCUGAAGAGCACUCUGCCUGGGAAGGGCAGAGAUCUGCAGGAUGAGGAGCCGAAGGAAGGAGUUGAAGCUUCAUCUCUACAGGGACGUCUGCCUGUUCUCACCAGGAAGAUGAAGAAACUAUGUAACCAGCAUGUGAAGAAAAACCCAGUACCUGAACUAGCUGAAGACCUGGACUUCUUCACAGGCGAGGUCAUCAGCAACCUGCGAGACUUGCAAAGUCUCACCAUCAACAUGUCGGCAGAGAAGGAGAAACAGAAGUCUGAGGUCAAGCACAUCCUUCAACAGAAACAGAGAGCUCUGUCUGACCUGUUCAAGAUGCUCGCAGAUAUCGGUCUCUCGUACCGUAAAGGCCUGGUAUGGAACAGGACAGUUGACCCAGAGAAAACACUCUGUAUGCAGCCGCUGGAGAUGAGCACUGCUCUUUCUGCUAACAGCACCCAGGAGCAGGCUGAGAACACGUUAUUCACAGAGCUGUUGGCAGCGUGGGAUGGAUGUCAGAAGUACUUCUAUCGUUCAUGGGCCAGGAAAACGGUCAUGCUGACUGCUCUUCAGCAACCGGCAAAGGAGCUGGGUCUGGGAAACAUCGAGCGCUGCAGAGGCUUCACCUCUCACAUGUUCAAGCUGCUUCUCAGACAGAGGCGACGUCUGGCCACACUCACAGAGCAGUGGGUCCAUCUCAGGAGGCUGACUAACAGUAUACAGGACAUCAAGACCCACCUCCAGAGCCAGAAUAAGGACCCAGGCUGCACCAUCCCGCCCCAGGCCUCUCUCCAGGGCUGGGUCAGCAGAGGCCAGGAGCUGGCUGCUCAGUGCACCAUGCUCCUCCAGCAGCUGGCCUGGCUGCUACAGUGCUGCCCUGAGGACCUUCAGCAGAAAGAGGAGACGAGCAGCUGGGGGCAGCAAACCCUAAGGUGCCCGUCCCCGCUGGCUGUACACCGCCAGCCUCCCGGCUGUCUGAUGAGGAGGGGAGACGCCACGUGGUGCCAGCUACACCAGCACGUGACCGCAAUGAUGAAGCAGAGCGAGAGCCUGAAGGUGGAGCUGGACACUGUGGCCAAGCAGAACUCUGAGAGAGUACUCCACACAUGGGACCACUUUGUAAUGUGCUGUUCAAGCUUCGACCAGCUGGGGGCUGUAGCGGCUCAGAUGCCUAGCGUGGAGCAGCUCUUCACUCCGGCCACGUGCGUCGGGAGCGCAGAGAGUCAGCCAGCCAUCACCACGAGCCUGCAGUAUGUCAGAGCCGAGGUGGAGACAAACAUCACUGAGUUCACCACCUGGAAGACUCAGCUGCUCUCCCUGGGACCCCAGCACCCGGAUCUCCAGUCUGCCUUCAGUACUGAGUACUCUGCUGAGCUGGAGACAAACAUCAACACGGUGCUGUGCGCUGUCCAGGCACUUGUGAAGAGGAGGGAGAAAGAGACACAGAAAGAGCAACAGAAAGAGCAGCAAGGAGACGACAAGAAGGAUGUUUCAGAGGGAGCUGAGAAGCAGGAGGAGGAAGAGCCUGUGGAGGACCUGCUGAAGCCCGGUCACCUGGCCCGUCUCAUGGAGGAGGAGCUGGAAGCCGAGGUGGAGACUCUGUGUGUGGGAGACGUUAACGUCAGACUGGAGAAGCUGCUCGGCACGCUGAGAACACACAGAGACGCCUGUCAACCUCCACAGCUCCAGGAGGUGAACAGGGCGUGCAGCAUGCUGGUGCGUCUGGAGCCUCUGCUGGGGAUUUACUCCGACCUGGUGCGAUACUACGUGGCUGUGUCCCUGGGAGCACACAGGAGCACGGGCAAACUGCUGACUGUACUGGCCAGCAUCUUCACGGAGCUUGCCCAGAAGGGUUUCUGCCUGCCCGAAGAGCUGAUGGCCGGUGGAGAUGGAGAAGGUGCCACAGAGUUCCACGACUACGAGGGUGGUGGUAUUGGAGAGGGAGAGGGCACCAAAGACGUCAGUGACAAGAUUGAGAAUGAAGAUCAGGUGGAGGACACACUUCAGGAGGGCCAGGAGAAGGAAGAACAACAGGAUAAAGAGAAAAUCAAGGCGGAAGAUAACGCUAUUGAAAUGUCAGAGGACUUCGAUGGCCAGAUGCAUGAUGGGGAUGAGAACGAACCAGGUGAAGAUGAAGACUCUGAUAAAGAGGACCAGGAUGAGCUGGACAAAAAGAUGGGGAACCUGGGUGAAGGCGAGACUGACACUCUGGAUGAGAGGAUGUGGGGAGAUGAUGAGGAUGAUGAGGAGGAGGAAGAGGAAAGUGACCAGGAGGAAGAGUCUGGCCAGGGCAUGGACCAGGGUGAAUCCGAGCUGGUUGCCAAAGACGACAACUUGGACGCUGAAGAGCCAAACAAGGACAAGAAAAACCAGGAUAAAGAUGAACAGAUGGUUGAGGAUGAGAAAGAAAAGAUCCACGAGCAAGGAGAUGAGAGGGAGUUUGAUGAGAAUGAAGUGGAUCCGUACCACGGUCAGCAGGACAAGAGGCCUGAGGCUGAGGCCAUGGAUCUGCCCGAGGAUCUCAAUCUGGACCAGGAUGAAGAACCUGGAGAUGAUGGAGAGGGCGAGGGUGACGAAGAGAAUCCCUUAGACAUCGAUGAAAAAGCCAUGGACCUGGAUGAGAAGGAGGAUGGAGGGAAAGAUGGAGGAGAGGAUGAAGGAGCAGAAGCGAUGGAGGAGGAACAGACAGACCUACCAGGAGAGGAGAAAGAGAAGGAGCAAGAGCCCAAGACUGAAGAGGAGGAGGGAGAAGGGGAGAAAAAAGGAGUUGACGAGGUGUCUGCUGCACAAGAUGAAGAGGAGGAGGAGAAGGAGAAGAGUGGACAAGAGGCAGGAAAAGAUGAAGAUAAGACUGUUCCCGACGACAAAGGAAACAAACCAAAAGAUGAAGAGGAGGAGGGUGGGGAUGAGGAGCAGCCAGAGUCAGCAGAGAGGAAGGAGCAUGACCGAGACGGUCAGACUGGAGAGGAGAACGUCCAGAGUGACCAGGCUGUGGAGCUGGGAGGAGAGGCGUCGGAGAAAGACCAAGCUAAAGAGGAACAUGGGAGCGGAGCAGCUGAUGCCAGCCAAGCAGAUGGUCACCAGUCAAAGCUGACGGCUAGAAUGGCUGCACAGACACAGACUCAGAGCAAGACUCAGAGCUUCAAGAGAAAGCCUGGUCAUGCAGACAACGAGCGAUCGACAGGUGACUACAACGAGCAAAUAAACAAGCGCCUGCGUACAGUGGAGAGCAGCAAGGACAGAAGUGCAGACAACAGGCCGAGCGACGCCCAGCAGGAUUCUGAGCUGUACGAGCACAUCAAACAGGGAGAGACGGCCUACGACACGCAGACAUACGAUGUGGCGAGUGCAGACCAGCAGAAAGCAGCAGGGCCUCAGCAGGACCAGGAUCAGAAGGAUGAGGAUGUUGCCAUGGAAACAGAGGACCAGGACGAGGACCUCAAGGCUGCUGAUGUCAAGGAGCUGAAGCCUGAGCAGCUGGAUUCAACCAAGGCCUCCCAGAAAGGUGUAGACAGUGGGGAGAUGGACGUGCAGAGGCAGGGAGAGGAGGAGGAGGACCAGGACAGAUGGAAGGACCGACAGCGUCUCGCAGAAGAGAAGCGAGCAGAGAGAAGCACAGAAUCCACAAUUCACACGAUUCCUGAGCUGCUAAUGGACACCAUGGAGAAAGCAGAGAGAGACCCAGAGGAGAUCAGGAGGGAGAUGGAGCUGCAGCUGGAGGGCUGGCACAAACUGGCUCCAGGAGCUCAGGAGGAGGAGAGUGCAGCUGCUUCCAUGUGGCAUCAGUACCAGACUCUGACCUCCGCUCUGUCCCAGCAGCUGUGUGAGCAGCUCCGCCUCAUCCUGGAGCCCACACAGGCCGCCAAGCUCAAAGGAGAUUACCGCACAGGGAAGCGUCUGAACAUGAGGAAGGUCAUCCCCUACAUCGCCAGUCAGUUCCGCAAAGACAAGAUCUGGCUGAGGAGGACCAAGCCCAGUAAGAGGGAGUACCACGUCUGUCUGGCUGUGGAUGACUCCUCCAGUAUGGUGGACAACCACUCCAAACAGCUGGCGUUUGAAUCCCUGUCAGUGAUCAUCAACGCUCUCACUCUACUGGAGGUCGGACAGGUGUCUGUGUGCAGCUUUGGCGAGCAGGUGCAGCUGCUCCACCCCUUCCAGCAGCAGUUCAAUGACGAGUCCGGGGCUCGGAUCCUCCGACUGUGUCAGUUCCAGCAGAAGAAGACCAGAAUAGCUCAGUUUAUGGAGACUUCCACCAAAAUGUUUCUCGCAGCUCGGCAGCAGAUUCCAGGAUCUGUGAACUCAGACACGGCCCAGCUGCUGGUCAUCGUCUCUGACGGCAGGGGCCUCUUCCUGGAGGGGAAGGAGCGGGUGACGGCAGCAGUGCGAGCAGCUCGCAGCGCAAAUGUGUUUGUCAUCUUCGUGGUUCUCGACAACCCCAACUCACGGGACUCCAUCCUCGACAUCAAGGUCCCCAUAUUCAAAGGGCCGGGGGAACUCCCAGAGAUCCGCACCUACAUGGAGGAGUUCCCCUUCCCCUUCUACGUCAUCCUGCGAGACGUCAACGCCCUGCCAGAGACGCUGAGCGACGCUCUCAGGCAGUGGUUUGAACUCGUCACGGCAGCCGACCAAUGAGAAGCCAUCUUUCACACAAAGGGAGAAGUGUGUGGUGACCCACUGCACAACGCCCCUCUGCUGCUAAGCUUCUCAGCCAGAACUAAAAAUCAACAGAACAAAAAAAAUAAAACAGAAGACGGAUUUACCGCUGUACAUGUGCCUUUAUUUUCUUAUUUUUACUGUAGAUUUUAGUAGAGUUUAAUAGCAACCUUUGCUGUUUUAUCUUUGUUAUCAGAAGAAUUGUGUUUCUUUUGUAAUGUAACGAGGAUUGCUUUAACUUGCACGUCUCAGAUGAAACGAUAGAAGUAAAAUUGUGAUUUCAUUGCGUGUGAACCACCUCAGUGAAGGGUCAGUAAAUACCUCUGUCCACCUUGUACAAUUCCCCCAGACCAUGUGUUUGUUUGUGUGGACGGGACAGUCAGUGCUGCAGAGAUCAUCCAGUCAUUCAUCUGUGAACACGACACACGUGCAGAGCUGUGCUUUGUGUAAAAGGACGUCACGACCUACAGUAGCAUGUCGUCGUGGUCGUGACGCUCGGAGGAACUCCUACAUGUGCCUUGGAGAGGAGAACAGUGUUGCAUCUCCCUCCACAGCUGGAUCAGCUGCUGGUUGAGGAGUCGGAGGCACAGACACAGCUCUGUCCCGGAUUUUUUAGAAACUCCGAUCUCAUACACUUUGAAGCACAACGACGGUCCCGCAGAUUCCAGUUUUGAGUGAAUGCCCCAGGAUUAACCAGCGUUUGUGGUUUGAAGACGACACAUCUGCUGAGUGACGGCUCAUCAACGUGUCUGUUAGCAGUAGAUGAAAUGUGCAUUGAAAUGUUUAUCAUCACCUCUGUGUUUCGUAGCGUACAUGUAAGUGUCAGCAGACACUGGCCAUCUGUUAAAUCAUGACACGAAUGAUCCUGACAAUAAACUGUUUAAAAAGCA